GCCGGGGGAGGAGGGGGAGCAGCGCCGCCGCCGCCGCGGCCGGGCCCGUCCCCCACCGCCUCCCCCGAACACCAUAGGCGGCUCCGGCACCAAGAUGUCCAACCGGGUGCUCUGCCGGGAGGCCAGCCACGCCGGCAGCUGGUACACAGCCUCAGGACCCCAGCUGAAUGCUCAACUAGAAGGUUGGCUUUCUCAAGUACAGUCCACAAAGAGACCUGCUAGAGCCAUCAUUGCACCCCAUGCAGGAUAUACCUAUUGUGGAUCUUGUGCAGCCCAUGCUUACAAACAAGUGGACCCUAAUAUUACCCGAAAAAUUUUCAUUCUCGGGCCUUCCCACCAUGUGCCCCUUUCCCGAUGUGCACUUUCCAGUGUGGACAUUUAUAGAACACCUCUGUACGAUCUCCGAAUUGACCAAAAGAUUUAUGGAGAACUGUGGAAGACUGGAAUGUUUGAGCGUAUGUCCCUACAGACAGAUGAAGAUGAACACAGUAUUGAAAUGCAUUUGCCUUACACUGCUAAAGCCAUGGAAAGCCAUAAGGAUGAGUUUACUAUUAUUCCUGUGUUGGUUGGAGCACUGAGUGAGUCAAAAGAGCAGGAAUUUGGGAAACUCUUCAGUAAAUACCUAGCUGAUCCUAGUAACCUCUUUGUGGUUUCUUCUGACUUUUGCCAUUGGGGUCAGAGGUUCCGUUACAGUUACUAUGAUGAAUCCCAAGGAGAAAUUUAUAGAUCCAUUGAGCACCUAGAUAAAAUGGGUAUGAGCAUUAUAGAGCAGCUAGAUCCUGUAUCUUUUAGCAAUUACUUGAAGAAAUACCAUAACACAAUAUGUGGGAGACAUCCUAUUGGCGUAUUAUUAAAUGCUAUCAACGAGCUCCAGAAGAAUGGAAUGAACAUGAGCUUUUCCUUUUUGAAUUAUGCUCAGUCGAGCCAGUGUCGGAACUGGCAGGACAGCUCCGUGAGUUACGCAGCUGGAGCGCUGAUGGUCCAUUGAACCGCUGACUGCUCAGGGAUGGCACCUGCACACGCUCUGUACACGGGGUCCCAGCCCAGCCCUUACAAAGAUACAGUCCCUGUCUUUGGGUAUACUGAAACCUCAAACUAAUAGAACUCUCUUCUUUUCUAGUAGGUGUAGUCCUUCCUUAGGUUCAACUCAUUUAAAAAUGCUUUCUUGUCUAGGACAAUUGAAAGAGGGCUGGCGUGGAAACAAUUUUGUGAUUUUAUUUAUAUAUAUUUUCUUUUUUUUUUUGGAAAAGAUUAUGGGUCUGAAGGCAUGGUGGCAGACAGUCCUUACAAUACAACAUGUAAAGCAUUUACCAUAUCCUAAAUUCGCACUCUUUGCAGACCUGUGCACAUGUACUCAGCUUUCAGAAUAGUUUUGCAAGUUGUAAACAGAUAAAGGGGUGGAAGCUUUUUAAUAAAAGAAAAAAAAAAAGAAAACAAUGCAUUUAUAAAUGAUCCUGUAUUAGAAUAUAAUAAAACUCCAGUAUAGUCAGUUACUACCCAUGAUGUACAACAGAUAUCUUCUAUUUUAGUUGCUAAUAAAGGGCUACACAAACCAAAA